GAAUCGAGAUCGUUCUUUGUCUUCGGUUCUCUGCACAGCUGUUUGCACGAAGGAAAAAGAAUCGGUAUCUUCCUACUCUUCUCUGUAGAGUUUUUCCCCUCAGACUCUGACCUUAAGCUCUCAGUAUGAGCGGCCUGGCAGGAAAGAUGGACCCUCGCAGGAUACAGUGGGGCGCGGCAUGGAACACUUUUACGUCCCGCGUCUUGAGGACCAAACCUGUGGAGUCUAUGUUGGAUUCAGCCAUGUCAGGCACAAGCUCCCACGGCACCAGACUGGCCCGGGUGUUGUCCACAGUGGAUCUGGUGUCACUGGGCGUGGGCAGCUGUGUCGGGACAGGGAUGUAUGUGGUCUCCGGGCUGGUUGCCAAGGAAAUGGCCGGUCCGGGGGUCAUUGUGUCCUUCAUUAUUGCCGCCGUGGCCUCCAUACUGUCAGGAGUCUGUUAUGCGGAGUUUGGCGUGCGCGUGCCUAAGACCACGGGCUCGGCGUACACGUACAGCUACGUGACGGUGGGCGAGUGUGUGGCGUUUUUCAUCGGCUGGAACUUGAUUCUGGAGUAUCUCAUCGGCACGGCGGCGGGGGCGUCCGCGCUCAGCAGCAUGGCCGACUCGCUGGCCAAUCACAGCAUCAGCAACUUCAUGAUCGAGCACAUCGGGACGCUCAACGGCCUAGGUAAAGGCGAGCAGUCGUACCCUGACCUGCUGGCGCUGCUUAUCGCCCUGCUUGUGACGGUGAUCGUGGCUUUGGGAGUGAAGAACUCGGUGGGCUUCAACAACGUGCUGAAUGUCAUUAAUCUCAUCGUGUGGGUCUUCAUCAUGAUUGCUGGGCUGUUCUUUGUCAACGGAGAGAACUGGGACGAGGGGAGGUUCCUGCCUUUCGGCUGGUCAGGGGUGAUGCAGGGAGCAGCCACCUGUUUCUACGCCUUCAUUGGAUUUGACAUCAUUGCAACGACGGGAGAGGAGGCCAAGAGCCCCAACACGUCCAUCCCUUACGCCAUCACAGCGUCGCUCAUCACUUGCCUCACGGCCUACGUCUCUGUUUCCGUGAUCCUGACUCUGAUGGUGCCCUACAACGAGAUCGACGCCGACGCCCCGCUCAUGGAGAUGUUUGCCGUGCACGGCUGCAUGUUUGCCAAGUACAUCGUGGCGGUCGGCUCCAUAGCCGGGCUCACCGUGUCCUUGCUCGGGUCCCUGUUCCCCAUGCCCAGGGUCAUCUACGCCAUGGCGGGGGACGGCCUGCUGUUUAAGUUCCUGGCGAAUGUGUCGUCCUACACGGAGACGCCCGCAGUGGCCUGUGUGGUGUCUGGCUUUCUGGCCGCCCUGCUGUCCCUGCUCGUCAGCCUCAGAGACCUCAUAGAGAUGAUGUCCAUAGGAACCUUGCUGGCUUAUACCCUGGUGAGUCUCUGCGUGCUCCUGUUACGUUACCAGCCCGAGGGUGACAUCCACGGCUUUGUGAACUUCCUCUCCGAGGAGCAGAACAACAAGAGGAAGGAAGGUGUUCUGGCCGAGUGUGAAAAAGAGGCGUGCUCGCCGACCAGCGAGGCCGACGAGUAUGGCGGUCCGGCGACGAACACCUGCGGCGCGAAGAACCUGCCGUCGCUGGGCGACAACGAGAUGCUGAUCGGCAAGCCGGAUAAAACCGCCUACACUGCCAGUCAUCCAAACUACGGCACGGUGGACAUGACCACUGGCAUCGAGGCGGAAGAAUCAGAAAGCGGAAUGUCCAGACGCUUGAAGAAGCUGAUUGGACCGCGCUACUACACCUUGAGGAUCCGACUGGGCCUCCCGGGAAAGAUGGACAGGCCGACUCCAGCCACGGGGAAAACAGUCACCGUGUGUGUGCUGCUGCUCUUCAUCAUCAUCUUCGCUUUUUGCUCCUUCAUCAUUUUUGGAGCGAGCUACAUCGGAGAGGGCCACUGGUGGGCGUUGCUGCUGCUAAUCCUCUUCAUCCUCUCCCUUGCCCUGCUCGUCAUCAUCAUCCUCCAGCAACCUGAGAACCCCAAGCGGCUGCCCUACAUGGCGCCCUGCGUGCCCUUCGUGCCCGCAGCGGCCAUGCUGGUCAACAUUUACCUCAUGCUUAAACUGUCCGCCAUCACCUGGAUGCGCUUCUCAAUCUGGUGCUUUGUCGGUGUGCUCAUCUACUUUGGCUACGGCAUGUGGAACAGCACGCUGGAGAUCACGGCCAGAGAGAACGAGGUGCACGCCUCCACCUACCAGCGCUACGACCAAGGCGUGGACGAGGGCUUCUGCGGUUUCGACGACGAUUUCUACCCGCCCACCACUGACCCCUGGGCCGCGACCGAGGGGGGUUCGGGGCGCGCUCCACCCCCCCGGGGCAAACCCGAGAGUGAGGGCAUCUCAUCUCAAGGCGGCGACAGGACCGUUGCCAAUCAUGGUCUCGCCGAGGAGGAUCCGAUGGAUUUCUAAAGGGGGACUGACUCUGUUUUACCCUGAAUGUACUGCCUUGUUUGUUGCCUGAGGAAAAGAGAAAGGGGGGACAGUUGUGUGAGCGCAUGAGUGAUCAUCUGUAUGUGUGUGCGUGUGUGUUUGUGUGCGCGCAUGCCUGCCUGCAUGUGUGUGUAUUUCUUUGUGUCUAACCCUUGGGCUAGAUUGUUUUCCGGCAGUGGAGGAGGAGGAGGAGGAGGAGGAGCAGUUUUUUCCUUUCACCUCGCUCAACCACGCUUGGUUACUCUGCUCAUGCAGCAAAUACGGACGUCAAGGUCACGAGUGUCUUAUCGUUGUUAUUCACUUACCCCAACCCCGGACUUCACUCAACCCACGCGGCGAAAGUGCAGACGCGGCGAGAAGUGACACACAAUGUAACCAUCGCACUAAACCGAUAACUCAGAACUCACGGGAUGCGGGCGAGAAGGAGGCGACGAGUGAGAGACAGAUGAAUCAGCACCUCUCCUCUUCCUGUUUCAACAUACACGCAGGAAAAGUUUAGACAGCGUGCCAAGCCCAAGCGAUUUCCUUUAUCCAGGUUGGACUCGCUCUGCUUAUUUAAUUUUUCAAGGCAGGGAAACGGCCUCGCAUGCCCUCGAAAAACCACUUUUUAGAAAGUCUCCCUGACCUCUAACAUCUAGCCCAAGGGACUCAGGAGUGCACUGGGAAAAUGGUGUUGAUGUUUUCUGUCACAAAUAGUACUUGGACUUUGCUUGCAAUAGUGCCUUCAUCUACUGUAGGUGUGUGUGCGUGCGAGUUUCUAAUUAUGUCUGUUUUCUACUUCUUUUUUUUUUCGCGCGUGAGGGUGUAAUCAAACGUUCACUUUCACGCGGAUUGUCGCGCGGGCGUGUCGAUGUAACGUGCGCCCCCGCGGACUGUUUUCCCGCGUGUGUUCAGUACGUGUAGGUAUUUGUUUCACUUUGUUCUUUCUACUCUCUGCGGGAAACUCAGAAUCCAUCCAUUUGUUAACAAAAAAAAACAAAAAAAACUUAUGGCCUGAGAUAAAGUUGAUAAGCGAAACAGAGAGAGAACAGGAUGAAACCGUACGCGCAUGUUUUGUUGUGAUGGCGUUUCUUCUGUUUGCUCCUCUCAGUCAAUGUAGCCCUUGCUGUUUACCAGAGUUGGGAAGGAAUUCUAUUUUUAGUUCAUUCGAUCGUUACUUCGCACCCUAAAUCCAAAAUGUGUAACGUUUGUUAAUUAUUACAAUUGUCAUAUCCGUUUUAUAUCAUAUAAUAGUGAGGGUAUUUCAGUUUCUUCCUAAGAUUUAAUCAUCGUUAAUCAUAUCAUAGCCACUUUCCCUGCACUAGUCAUUUUCUUACAACCGUUGACUGAACGCAAACACACUAGAAAUAAGUUUUACUUUCUUUUUCAAGUGAACGGAAAUGUAAUUCCUCCUCUUCUUCUUCUCUCUUGCUUUUCGCUCCUUUCCUCAAUAUCUUCAUCUAUCAUCAUCCCCCCGUCGCAAGUCGCAGGUGAUUUAACGCCGCGUCUGGUUUUCCGUCAGCGUUCAGGAGCGGCGAUGCUCGAUCCAUUAGCUUCUGUUUCACUUCAGAGUGUCUGGAAUCCAUCCCCUGAUUUCUCGUAAAAGCAUUGGCUCCUCCCUCCCCUCUGGUUCGCCGCUAACCCGGCUUAGCGUGAGCGAGAGCCGCUGCAUCAAAGUCCCACUUCACAUGCACUUACGCUGCUGCACCCUGAGAUUCUGUGGAAAGUCAAUCAGAUUAAGGUCCUGUAUAACCCCAUGUGUGGGACACGUAAGCUAACGCUGCCGAGGUCAAGGGUUCGAUUCCAGAUCAAGAAUGUAUGCACUCACGGCACCGUGAAAAGGGUUUUGGCACAUACCAAAUACGAUAUUGUUCUGUUAUUAAGUGGAGGGUGGGGCUACGUCUACAAUAGCUGCUGCUGUCCGCCCUGAUUGUCGUCCUCGUACCUUUUCUUUUUUUCCUUGUGCCCCCUUGUUGCUGCAUCGGUCCCUUCCAGGGAAGCCUUACUUGUCUAAUGCACUAAAUCAAAGGAUGCCACGCUAAACCCACACCCCCACACCCUACCUCUGCUCCUCUCAUGUUCACCCCAUGCUCAAAACAAGGUCCCCUCAUGUGUGGACAGGUCAAAGUUAGUGGAAUUGCAUUUGUACUGGCUGAUGCUGCCGUUUCUGUGGCAAAGAAACUGCAGCAGCCUUUUUAAACCAUCCUUUUAACAGGAAGCGAUUGGUUUCGUGUCCAAAUUGCAUACUAUAUUCUAUUGCUCAAAGAAAAUGCUCCUGUUAAUAUCAUUUCUGUCCACUGGGACCAAACUAAGGCAGAAUAAUAACGUCAACAAAGGUUACACACUGCAGCUUUAAAUUUCAAUGCUUUCAGUUCAGUGUCUCCCAACCCUAAAUGGAUCCCCUAAGGUGUGGAGAGUACUUUAACAGCUCAACAUUGAAAACAACAAUCAAAGUUCCGCCAAUAAUCAUGAUUAAUCAGUUUAGCCAUAGCAUAGCAACGAAACAUAUAAAUUGGGGUAAUUUAGUGUCCACACAUAUGCAGAAUCACUCAAUAUGUACGAUUCCUGGACGUGACAGGGGUUU